AUGGUCCUUACAUGGAAUCGGCCAGAAAACGACGGUGGCUCAGAAAUAGAUGGCUACAUCGUUGAAAAACGUGAUAAAGACGGUGUUCGAUGGACAAAGUGUAACAAGAGAAGACUUAACGAUAUCCGGUUCAGAUGCACCGGACUCACCGAGGGACAUUCCUACGAGUUCAGAGUAUGUGCUGAGAAUUCUGCUGGUGUCGGAGCGUCAAGUGAACCAACAGGAUAUAUCAAAGCUUGUGACCCCUUGUACCCACCAGGUCCUCCUUACAACCCCAGGGUGACAGACCAGUCAACCACAACCGUGUCCAUCUCAUGGACAAAACCCAUCUCUGAUGGUGGAGCAGCCGUCAAAGGAUAUGUUGUUGAGAGGAAGGAAGUAGCGGAGGAAGAGUGGACAACCUGUACACCACCGACUGGUGUUGAAGAAACACACUUCACCGUGAAAACACUGAAGGAAAAUGGAGAAUAUAACUUCCGCAUCUGUGCAAUUAACACUGAAGGAGUUGGCGAACCAGCUGAUGUCCCAGGGACUGUCGUGACGUCUGAGAGAUUUGAGGCCCCUGAGAUUGAACUAGAUUCAGACCUUAGGAAAAUGGUGUCAGUUCGGGCGUGUGCAACACUACGUCUGUUUGUCCCAUUCAGAGGAAGACCUGAACCUGUAGUCAAGUGGUCCAAGAUGGAAGGUCCUCUUACUGAGCGUGCACACAUUGAGGUCACAAGCACCUACACAGUCCUCGUCAUCCACACUGUCGACAGACUUGACACCGGCAAGUAUACGUUGACUCUUGAGAACGUCAGCGGUAUAAAGUCUGUUUUCGUUAAUGUCACAGUGUUGGAUUCACCAAGUGCCCCUGAGCACAUUGAAGUCAAGGACAUUACUAGAGAUUCUGUAUCACUGUCCUGGGAUCCUCCACUGAUUGACGGCGGAGCUAAGAUCACACAUUACAUUGUGGAGAAGAGAGAAGCUCAAAGACGGGCCUUUACCAGUAUUUCAGAUAACUGUGGACGAAAUAGAAUGAAGAUUGACAACCUUAUAGAAGGGGGACUUUACUAUUUCCGUGUACUAGCUGUUAAUGAGCUCGGUGUGGGUUUGCCAGCGGAAACACCAGAACCGAUCAAGGUAUCCCAAGCUCCUUUGCCUCCCGGUCAAGUUACUGUUGUAGAUGUUACCCGCGACAGUGUGAGUCUCGCAUGGGAAAAGCCUGACGAUGACGGUGGUAGCAGAAUCAAAUGCUACAUAGUGGAAAUGCAAACCAAGAGCGAUGGCAAAUGGACUUUGUGUUCUGAGAUAAGGGGAUUGAGAUCAACUAUCGAUGGGCUCUUAACAGGUGAGGAAUAUUCAUUUAGGAUUAGUGCGGUCAAUGAAACAGGCAAGAGUGAACCUAAGCUACUGGGAGAGGCUGUUGUAGUAAACGACGACACAAUGGAACCCAUCAUAGAUCUGAUAUGCAACUCAUUCAGUGUCAAGGCAGGAGACGAUCUGAAGAUCGAUGUUCCAUUUAGAAGCAGACCUGAACCUGAGGUUUCAUGGAACAAAGAUGGUGUUGAAUUGAAGGAGACAGCCAGGGUUAGCUUUCUGACAUCUAAUAACUCAUCAAAAAUCACUAUCAGAAACACAACCCGGGAAGAAUCGGGGAACUAUGAGAUCACCUUAACCAACACAGUUGGUAGAAAAUCAGCCAUAAUAGCUGUUACCAUCUUGGAUAAACCUGGCCCACCUGGUGCAAUCAAGGUAGAUGAAGUCUACGCUGACUAUAUUUCACUGUCUUGGGAUUCCCCACUCUACGAUGGAGGCUGUCCAAUCAGCAACUACGUAGUAGAGAAGAGAGAUACUAUCAUUACAACGUGGAAGACUGUUUCAGCCACAGUUGCCAGAACGUCUAUUAAAGUUCCUCGUUUGACACAAGGCACUGAAUAUCAGUUCCGUAUCACAGCUGAAAACCGCUACGGCAUGAGCCAUGCUGUGGAGUCCGCUUCAGUUGUUGCACAGUACCCCUUCGAGACACCUGGCCCUCCCACUACCCUCCGUGUUGCCCAAGCUACAAAGUCCUUCAUGUUGGUUACAUGGAAUGAACCAGCCAGUGACGGUGGAAGUCCAAUCAUCGGUUAUCACCUGGAAAUGAAGGACUAUAGCAGUAUUCGCUGGACGAAGACUAACAGAGGACGUCUCAUUGCUGAAACAGAAUUUAAAGUGAAUGGCGUUGAAGAAAGCUUGCAGUAUGAAUUCCGUGUUUCUGCUGAGAAUAUUGCUGGCAUUGGACCGUACAGCAAAGCCACUGAGCCUAUAGCUGCAAGAGAUCCAUGUGAUCCUCCUGCUAACCUUACAGUCACGGACAUCACAAGAACUUCAAUUUCUCUUACUUGGUCCAAGCCAGAGAAUGACGGUGGAGCCAAGGUGACUGGCUACAUUGUCGAACGCAGGGAACUUCCAGAUGGUUGUUGGCUGAAGUGCAAUUUCACCAAUCUCCAGGAAACCUGCUAUGACAUCGAAGGCCUUACGGAGGACAUUCAAUAUGACUUCCGUGUUAUUGCAAAGAACUCUGCUGGAGUACUCAGUGAGCCAUCACAAUGUACAGGUGCCAUCACAGUCAAGGAUAACGUUGUUCUACCUUGCAUUGUCUUGGAUAACAAGUAUAAGAAAUUAGUCAUUGUCAAAGCUGGAGAUGUUUUGAGAAUCGAUGCAGAUGUUUCUGGGUGCCCACGUCCAGUCAUUUCAUGGUCAAAGGAUGGUCAAAGUAUUGAGACCAAGGCAAGAAUAGAGAUCACUUCAACACACACUACCACCACAUUACUAGUCAGAGACACUAUCCGAAGAGACUCGGGUCAGUACACUGUAACAGUGCAGAACAUUGCUGGUACAAGGUCCCUGUCUGUAAACUGUAAGGUUCUGGACCGCCCUGGACCAUCCUCUGGGCCGUUGGAUAUCACUGGUCUGACCGCAGAGAAAUGCACUUUGACCUGGAGACCACCUCAAGAAAACGGUGGUGCAGAAAUUCUGCGCUAUAUAGUUGAGAAAUGUGAAACCAGCCGUGUCACCUGGACUUCGGUAUAUGAUGACGUGAAGGCGACAACAUGCAAGGUCACCAGUCUGCGUAAAGGAAACGAAUAUAUCUUCAGAGUAAAGGCAGUGAAUGAAUAUGGAGAAGGAGAAGCCUUGGAGAGUGAGCCAACCAAGGCCACAGAUCCAUUCACUGUCCCUGCUGCACCAACAGAUGUUGAAAUCACCAGCAUAUCAAGUGAGACAAUGACAAUCUGCUGGAAAAGACCUGAGUCCGACGGAGGAAGCAGCAUUUCUGGCUAUGUUAUUGAGAAACGAGAGAAAUCUGGAUUGCGCUGGGUACAGGUGAACACGAAGCCUGUGAAUGACCUUAGGGUCAAGGCAUCCAAUCUCUGUGAGGGAUGUGAGUAUGAGUACAGAGUCUAUGCAGAAAAUGUUGCAGGCUUGAGUCCCCCAAGUAUUCCUUGCAAACUGACAAAAGCGGAGGAUCCACAAUUCCUGCCAUCCGCACCAGCUAAACCCAAAGUCAUUGACUCAACCAAGACUUCUGAUUGGUGUCAGUGA